GCCCAGCCGUGGCCAUAUUUGUUGAUGUGUCAUUCCAAAAAGGACUUGUUGGGUUGACCAGCUGGAAAGACAGACAAAGUCACGGCUCAAAGUUCACCAUUAAGUUCAACCCGAGCUGCUCACUCGUUCCACUCAUGGAUUUACCACACUCGAUUUGACGCACAGAAGGUACCAUGGAGCUACCUGAUCCAGCCUCGGACGCACACGUGAUGGAGGAGUCCAAUGUCGAGUUGAAAGGAGGUGAAUUGCCACAGUUACAGCAGCUCCAGAACUGUGAAGUAGAAAAACAAGAACCCGCGUCAGAUGAAUGUACAGCAGAGGAAUGUAUGCAGACAAAAGGUGACUUUAUCAAAACUAAAACAGAUCGUCUUGCAAAGACAAAGAUCGAAGGACAAGAUGGAGGGGGUGAGCUGGCAUCCGAUGACAACUGUGAUAGUAUUACAUGUUCAAAUGAAGAGGAACAGCCGUCACCUUUUUUAAAUGAAGCGGCUUCAGGCGAUGCGGUUGAAGUUUCCCACGCCGUAGAAGCUAUAUUGACUCUUGACAAAGACGGUUCUCCCAACGGCAACGACGAGUCGCCCGUCAGCAAGGAGCCGUCGCCACAGACCCGCAACGGAUUAACUGAGAGUCUGUCAUCCAAACACUCCCCCCCUGACUCCACGACCACCACAUCCGGCAUCUCCAACGGCCCCUCCACCCCCUCUUCGGACACCAUCAGCUCCUCCCUCACCUCCAGCCCUCAAAGCGGCACCAACAGGUCGGCGCCCUCCGAUUCGACGUCCAGCCCGUAUGACACGGACUGCAGCCGGAAGCUGAUUUCGCAGAUCCAGCGCUCCCUGUCGCAGGAGUCUCUGUUGGACGAGCUGGAGUCGGAGCUGAUGGCCUAUCAGCUUCCCGAAGUCGAACGGAAAGGAAGCCCGCCUGUCAAUGGAGUCCCUUUGGAGCAGGAGGACUGCAUGUUGGUCUUUGAGAAGUGUGUCCAGUACAAGUAUGCGCAGCAGGAAAAGUCCAUCCAGAGGUUGCUGGAGGAAAACAAGCGGCAUCAGGAUCUCAUCCUGGGCAUCUGUUCCGAGAAGGACAACAUGAAGGAGGAGCUGAAAAAGAGAGACGAGACGGAGAAGCAGCACAUGGGCACCAUCAGAAAUCUGGAGGGAAGGGUUACCGAGCUGCAGCGGGUGCUGAAGGAGUCCCGGGACAAACUCAUUCAACAGGAGCAGGCGGCUAAAGCUAACCUGAUGCAAACGCAGAAGGAGAUGUCCUACCGGCUAGAACAGGCGAACAGGAAGUGCGAGGAAGCACGCCAAGAGAAGGAGAGCAUGGUGAUGAAAUAUGUGCGGGGGGAGAAGGAGGCCCUGGACCUGAGGCGGGACAAGGAGACUUUGGAGAAGAAGCUGCGGGAGGCCACCAAGGAAGUGGAGCACCAGGCCCGACGAGGAAACCAGCUUGCCCAGGAGAGAGGCCGCCUGCAGCAUCUGUGCGACGCCAAGGAAGGCGAAGUCAGCCGGCUGACUCGAGAGGUGGAAAAGUUGAAGGAGGAUAACAACUCCCAUCUUAUUAAGGUCAAAUGGGCCCAGAACAAACUCAAGAGUGAGGCUGAUGCCCACAAGGAAUCUAAAGACAAGCUGAGGGACAUCACAUCCAAACUGACGCAAGCCAAAGAAGAGACGGAGCAGAUUCGCAAGAACUGCCAAGACAUGAUCCGAACAUACCAGGAAUCAGAAGAGAUCAAAUCCAAUGAGCUGGAUGCUAAACUGAGGGAGACCAAAGGAGAACUAGCCAAACACAUGCAGGAGCAAACGGACCAAUUAGAGGUGCACCGCGUGAAGGCCAAAGAGCUGGACGACCUGAAGAGGAGUUACAAGGAGAGCAUGGAUGAGCUGGACGCGCUCCGCACCAAGCUCAAGUGUCUGGAGGACGAACGCCCCCGCUGGGAGGACGAGCUGAGCAAGUACCGCGAGAUCAUCAACAGGCAGAAAGCCGAGAUCGGUCGCCAGAGGGACGAGUUGAACAAGAUGGGCGCGCUGCAGGAGGAGCAUCAACGGGCCCAACAAGAGCUCACGUCUCGGUGCAAUGAGGUCGAGUCGCUCAACGGCCAGAUGGAGGACCUCCAGCGGGACGUGCAGGGGAGCCGGGAGCGCGAGGCCGAGCUGCUGGGCUUCACCGAGAAGCUCAGCAGCAAGAACGCCCGCUUGCAGUCGGAGAGCAACGCCCUGCAGUCCCAGCUGGAUCAGCUGGGCGACCGCUUCGCCGAGCUACGAGCCAAGCUGGAGGAAACCGACGGCGCCCUGGAUGACAAGUCGCGCCGGCUAAAGCAGGAGGAGGUCCUGAGGCAGCAGGAGGUGCGAGCUCUGCAGGAGGAGAGGACCGAGCUGCAAGGCGAACUGAGCCGGCUCAAGACGCGAGUGGACGAGUUGAGGGACGAGCUGAUGACUCAGAGGAGGAAGCAAGCGGCCAACAUCAAGGACCUGACCAAGCAGCUCACACAAGCUCGAAAGAGACUGGACCAGGUCGAGAACGGAGGCUGCGACCGCGAAGGCGGCAGCAUGGGUAGCCGAUCCAGUUCCUCAGGUGCUUCGCCUGGCUCCUUGAACGCGCGCCACGGGGGCGGAGGCGAGGAACGCUGGCCGGAGAGCCACUCGGGUUCCUCGACAACGGCGCCGACGGUAGACAGCUUCCCGGAGGUGGAUAAGGCCGUGCUGGUGGAGCGCAUUGUCCGUCUGCAGAAGGCGAUGGCCCGCAAGCAGGAGAAAAUUGAGUUCAUGGAGGAUCACAUCAAGCAGCUGGUGGAUGAAAUCCGCAAAAAGACCAAAAUCAUCCAGAGCUACGUCCUAAGGGAAGAGUCGGGGGCCCUCUCGUCAGAGGCGUCGGACUUCAACAAGGCCAACCUGAGCCGGCGGGGGGGCAUCAUGGCUUCGCUGUACACCUCCCACCCGGCCGACAGCGGGCUCACGCUGGACUUGUCGCUGGAGAUCAACAGGAAGCUGCAGGCGGUGCUGGAGGACACCCUGUUGAAGAACAUCACUCUCAAGGAGAGCCUUCAGACGUUGGGGGCCGAGAUCGAGAAGCUAAUUAAACAGCAGCGAGACCCCGUAGACGGAGCGAGGAGGAAGUAAGUGAAGGACUGCGGAACUUUAGGAUGCAAAUGUGCCAGUAGCGUCCUUUGUCAUCUUCUCGUUACCUUGCCCACUUACUUGAAUUGUUCUGUCGACUUUGCAAUCGCUUUGGUGCAACGGAUCGCGAUUUCCUCCGGGGACUUUUUUUUGACGGCUGUGACGGGCCAUUAUUCUGAAUGUAGACUGGGGAUUGUC